AUGACUACCAGCCAGGCGAAUUUUGCCAGGAUAGACCAGAGCAUCGCCUCGCUGGAGGCAGGUCUGAGGAACCAAGGUGCUAUACUGCAGGACCUCCAACAUCAGAUUGGAGGAAUAGCCCGCCAGAAUAACACCAAGGCACCGGGAACUCUACCUGCCACUACCAUCCCCAAUCAACAGGAGCCGCCCCAGCAGUUGGAUGCCAUUUUUACCAGGAGAGGUAAGACCAUAUCCGCUGAUCUUGCCCCGGCCAAGCAGGAGGAACCACUACCUGCUUCAGCACUUCCAGCCGACUAUGCAGAAGUGCGGGUGGAGAAGGAAGCCCCUGCUCCCAAGCCACAACCAGUGGUUAAGGAGCAUGUGCCCCAGCUUCCCUUCCCCACUCGCCUACACAAAGACAAGCUGGAGACUGAGUUUGCCAAGUUUAUGGCAAUGUUGAAGCAGCUCAACAUCAGCAUACCGUUUGUGGAGGCACUGUCGAAGAUGCCCAAGUACGCGAAGUUCAUGAAAGAUCUCCUCACCAACAAGAAGAAACUUGGGGAUCUCUCGACAGUGUUGCUGAGCGAGGAGUGUUCUGCUAUCCUGCAGAACAAGCUGUCCAAAAAGCGGAAGGACCCAGUGAGUUUUACUAUCCCUCUUACUAUUGGUCGCAUGCAUGUCGGCAAGUCCUUGGCGGACCUAGGCGCUAGCAUAAAUGUCAUGCCAUAUAAGUUAUAUAAAAAGCUAGACCUAGGUGAACUUAGCCCUACUAGGAUGAGCAUUCAGCUAGCUGAUCGUUCCAUUGUGCAUCCUAGGGGAAUCAUAGAGGAUCUGCUUGUUAAUGUAGGUGCAUUCACAUAUCCUGUUGAUUUUGUUAUUCUUGAUAUACAUGAGGAUGUGGAUGUGCCUUUGAUUCUGGGUAGACCAUUUCUUGCCACCGCCAAGGCACUUAUUGAUGUUCAUGAUGGUAACUGA